AUGGUUGGAGAAUGCCGGAGGAGUGAGGGUGGCGAUGGGGCGGUGUGCUUCGAGCUGGAAGCUACAGUGGGGACCGUGUUAGCAGACGACAAGAUCCGCGGCAAGGCAGCUGGAGUUGGAGACAAUGUCGACGAGGGUUGUGUCGCCUUUACCUUCUUCUUCUUCUUGACUGGCUCUGGCUUUGGCUCUUGGACGCGCGCGACUCAUAUCCAAGUGCUAGAAGCGGAUCAAUACGGCCAGAUACUACGCCCUUCUUCCGAGCACUCGAGAGUACGCAGCUUCCCCUACGGAAUAUUGAAAGAACCUACACCGAACAAAGUUCCUACGGAUUUGGAAGUUCGUUUCACUGACGAGAUUGCAGACUCGAUGGAUAUCCGUACCAAGUCAAAUGACGCUGUGCGUCAAAUCGUCGACAAGGUCGUGGAGCGAGCCAUUGACAUGAAUGCCCCCAAGCAUGUUAUUGACUCCUUCAUCUGGAACGUUGCCUUGUCUGGCGAUAACGCCAGUGGAGAAUGGGACAUCGACCAGUCCGUGACGGAGUCGGACAAGUCUGUCGAUAAGAUCAAUACCUUUAGAGACUACCUGCGAUCUGUAGUUCACGGCUCCAUGGUUGGCAAGGAGUUCUACAAGUGCGUCAUCAAGAAUACCAUCUUCGCGGCUCUGGAGGAGCAUCGAGAGAACAAUUCGGCGCUUACGAACGACGACGAAGAAUUUCCGGUUCUCAAACACCCGGACAAUAUGUUGCAAGCUCUCGAAGACAGCGAACGCUCACCCUCCCCUUCGGCUACCCCUGUCAGACCAGUCUUUAACACUACCCGAGCGAGCAGCACCUUUUCAACCAUCCAAGCAUAG